UUCCCUGCUGUUAAUCUUACAACGUCCCUGGUUUUAUAAUUGCACCCAGCUGAUUUCAAAAUGGGCUUUCACAUGCUCAUUGGUGCAGUGCGAAAGCACCUUGCAGGAAGCGUUGGCUUUCUCUCCAUCGGGCCGUGUAACGAGUCCCUUGCUGCACCAUCUCGCCCCUCCCCUAAGCAAGCAGCACACAGCGAGCAGGGGCUCUGCUGGAGUUGCUCUGUUUUCAUGGAGGAGAUAGCAAUCCUUGCACUGCAGCAGGUGGAGCUGCCUUGGAUCGAACCCGGGCUUCUGGCUGAGAGCAUCUGAGUGUUACUUUGGGCCGGGAGACAGUUGUCACUUCAAGCUGGCGCUAACGUAAUUAAAUUUAAAGCUGACUCAAAAAUUUUAAAAAUGGACACGGGAUUUUUGCUUUGCUUUUUUUAUAAGGUCUGGUUUCUAACGUGAAGCAACAUUUUUCCUGAAGGAUUCAACCUAUUUAUAUAAAGGCUUAUUUUUGAACACUAUGGACCUAGAUUAAAUGUCAAAGACAGGCAGCAAGCAGCGCUUACAGAGGCAUUUUUCUGGAAUCUCAGUCACGGAUCGAUUGAAGUGCACAGGGUCUGAAAAAAUGUCUCCUAGCAUAAAAAACUUGGAUUGUUUUUCUCCGAUGCUAUGCCACUGUAAAGUAGCAUGUACCAACAACACAAUAUCUUUAAUGUUUGGAUGUAAGAAAUACCGCUAUCAGGAUGAAGAUACGCCCCCACAGGAGCACAGCUCUCCACACAUUGCCAAUGAGGUGACAGGUCCAGAGCUGGUUCAUGUAUCAGAGAAGAAUCUGUCCCAGAUUGAGAAUGUCCAUGGAUUUGUUUCCCAUUCUCAUAUUUCACCAGUAAAGCCCGCAGAAGCUGUUCCUUCUUCUUCUCCCAUUGUCCCUGUGAUCCCUGUCCCACCAGUCCCUGCUGAGACCAUCCCAUCCACCAUACCACAGGCAAAUCCCCCUCCAGUGCUGGUGAAUACAGAUUCUCUGGAGACUUCAACAUAUGUCAAUGGCACCGAUGCAGAUUACGAGUAUGAAGAAAUUACUCUUGAAAGGGGAAAUUCAGGACUUGGCUUUAGCAUUGCAGGUGGUACAGACAACCCACAUAUUGGGGAUGAUGCAAGUAUUUUCAUUACAAAAAUUAUAGCCGGGGGUGCAGCUGCACAGGAUGGAAGAUUACGGGUCAAUGAUUGUAUCCUGCGAGUAAACGAGGUGGAUGUUCGGGACGUGACACACAGCAAAGCCGUGGAAGCACUGAAAGAAGCAGGAUCCAUUGUACGAUUGUAUGUCAAAAGGAGGAAACCAGUCACAGAAAAAAUAGUGGAAAUCAAACUUGUGAAAGGCCCCAAAGGUCUUGGUUUCAGUAUUGCUGGUGGUGUAGGAAAUCAGCAUAUACCUGGGGACAACAGCAUUUAUGUAACCAAAAUCAUUGAAGGUGGGGCAGCACAUAAAGAUGGCAAACUUCAGAUUGGAGACAAACUUUUAGCUGUCAACAGUGUUUGCUUAGAAGAGGUUACUCAUGAAGAAGCAGUGACUGCCUUAAAAAACACAUCUGACUUUGUUUAUCUGAAGGUUGCAAAACCCACCAGCAUGUUCAUGAAUGACAGUUAUGCCCCUCCUGACAUCACAAACUCUUAUUCUCAGCCAGUGGAUAACCAUAUCAGCCCAUCUGCCUACCUGGGACAGUCCCUGCCCCCAGCAUCCCCAGGGAGAUACUCACCAGUUCCCAAGGGAAUGCUUGGAGAUGAUGAGAUCACCAGGGAGCCUAGAAAGGUUGUCCUGCAUCGAGGAUCAACAGGUCUUGGUUUCAACAUUGUUGGGGGAGAAGAUGGAGAAGGAAUUUUCAUCUCUUUCAUCCUUGCAGGAGGGCCAGCUGACCUGAGUGGAGAGCUUAGGAAAGGAGAUCGUAUAAUUUCUGUAAAUGGAGUAGAUCUAAAAUCAGCAACCCAUGAACAGGCAGCAGCAGCCCUGAAGAACGCAGGCCAAGCAGUGACUAUUGUCGCUCAGUACCGUCCAGAAGAAUACAGUCGUUUUGAAGCUAAAAUCCAUGAUUUACGGGAGCAGAUGAUGAACAGUAGCAUUAGCUCAGGAUCAGGAUCUUUGCGAACCAGCCAGAAGAGAUCCCUCUAUGUCAGAGCUCUUUUUGAUUAUGACAAGACUAAAGACAGUGGCCUCCCUAGUCAAGGAUUGAACUUCAAAUUUGGCGAUAUUCUCCAUGUCAUUAAUGCUUCUGAUGAUGAAUGGUGGCAAGCACGGCAGGUAACUCCAGAUGGAGAAAGUGAUGAAAUUGGAGUCAUCCCAAGCAAACGGAGAGUUGAGAAAAAAGAACGAGCCCGUUUGAAGACAGUGAAAUUCAAUUCCAAAACAAGAGGAGAUAAAGGGCAGUCAUUCAAUGACAAGCGUAAAAAGAACCUCUUUUCCCGAAAAUUUCCCUUCUACAAGAACAAGGACCAGAGUGAGCAGGAAACCAGUGAUAUUGACCAGCAUGUAACCUCUAAUGCCAGCGAUAGUGAAAGUAGUUACCGUGGCCAGGAGGAAUAUGUGUUGUCAUAUGAACCAGUCAAUCAACAAGAAGUCAGUUACACUCGACCUGUGAUUGUUUUGGGACCCAUGAAAGACAGAAUAAAUGAUGACCUGAUCUCAGAAUUUCCAGACAAAUUUGGCUCAUGUGUUCCACAUACUACUAGACCAAAACGAGAUUAUGAGGUGGAUGGACGUGAUUACCAUUUUGUCACUUCUCGAGAGCAAAUGGAGAAGGAUAUUCAGGAUCAUAAAUUCAUUGAAGCUGGCCAGUACAAUAAUCACCUUUAUGGAACGAGUGUCCAGUCAGUGCGAGAAGUAGCAGAGAAGGGUAAACAUUGCAUUCUUGAUGUUUCUGGUAAUGCGAUCAAAAGGUUGCAGAUUGCCCAGCUGUACCCAAUCUCCAUUUUUAUUAAGCCCAAAACAGUGGAAAAUAUCAUGGAAAUGAAUAAACGCUUAACGGAAGAGCAAGCCAAGAAGACAUUUGAGAGAGCCACGAAACUGGAGCAAGAAUUUACUGAACACUUCACAGCUAUUGUCCAGGGAGACACUCUGGAAGAAAUCUACAACCAAGUGAAACAGAUCAUAGAGGAACAGUCUGGUCCUUACAUCUGGGUUCCAGCAAAGGAAAAAUUAUGAAAACAGAUUUUUAUUUUUCAUUUUCUAACUGACAUCACCUACUACAUCUGACGACUCUUAAGCCCUUCCAGUGGAGCCUGCCUCUAGUUCUUUCCAGCGUGGUUCAUACCCUAACCAUCACAUUCUGCAGUUCCCAUAAUGCUUUACAUUUGGUGUCUCUCUUAGUUUAAAUAAUUUGUAUUAUUGUGUGUUGUUGGUUUGCCAUUUUUCGAACAUGACAGUGGAAUGGCCUGACCAGCUAUUAGUUUAGGGUGGGGGUGGGAGGGAAUUGCUGGGUAAAAUUCCUUAAUGUUUAAGGGAAAGUAACUUUCAAAGAUUUUUCAAAAAAGCUUUAUAGACAUUCUUUUAAAAUUUCAUAACAAUUGAAAGAAAAGUAUUCAAGGAAGUUGUAAAUUAUGAGUAACUUUGCACGCUUAACUUUAAUAGCAUGGUUUGGUCAGGGCAAUCAAUUUCAGGUUUUAUUUUCUGAGUUCAAUCCUAUUGUCACGGUAUCUUUUUUUCUUUCCAGGCAGUUAGAAAGAAACUUUUAAAUUUUGAGUUAGCAUUUUCAUUAAGUCCCAUUACUACUCCUAAAGGGAUAUUCAUUUUCAUAAUUUCAUACGUAUAUUCUUAUAAUCUAUUUUUUCAUUUUUUGCCAAUAAAAUUGCUAGGGACAAAGAUGUGUAAUGUUUUUAAUCUUCCUCAUGAAACACUAUUUAUAGUGUGUUGCAGAAAUUCUUUAUAGAUAAUGGUCAUCCCACUUUUUGAGCCUAAAAAUAUGUUUAGGUGCUAGGAAACCUUGUAUUUUUCAGAGGAAUGCCAAAUUUGCAUUGGCAGUAAUUCAGAAAACAGCUGCAGAGAUGGUCAUUAGGGCAAUGAGAGAAUGAUUCAUAGCCUAAAAAUGUGUGUGUUCUUAGGGGUCAGAUUUUAAUGACUAUUUUACCCACAAUAACUGCCUAUUUUGUUAUAAUAAAUAUAUAUAUAUUAAACUUUCUUUAACUAAACUCUGUAACUAUGGGAAUUAUUUUCUUUACAUAGUUGCGCACACGUAUAAAUAUAUAUAUAUAAAAUAUAUAUUUUUCUUUUACCACCUACUCCUAGCUUUUUGUUUUGAAUAAAAAUAAAAAACCAAAUUAGAAUUUACCUUCCUUAAUCACGGAAAAAUCAAAUGGGCUGUGAUGGCUGGGCAUGAAGUCCAGGGAAUAUUAGUACAAGAAAAAAAUACAUGCAAGUUCUCCUCUUUUCUACGCAAUUCCGGGUGUUUGUCUUCCCCGUCCCCUUUGUAAUAUGCAUGUCUUAACCAAAGGGAGAAUUCAGAGCCAACAAUAUAUUUUUUUUCUGUACGUGUUCGUCUCGGAUUGCACAGGCACAAGAUCUUCCAUUUGCAAUGCACAAACUUCUGUGCUGAAUGUUAUGAAUACGUUGUACCAAAACCUUCAAUAAUGAAAUUCUUGAAUUCCCGUAUUAUUUGGUACCUGCCAUUGCUUGUUUGCAACUGAUUGUUUUUUAGAGGGAUGUACUUAUGGCAGUCAUGGGGCAGUCACACAACCAAAUCAGCCUUGGUUUGUAAAGAAUUAUCAACACUAUCCAUUCCAUUUGUUAGAAAGAGGAGAACAGCUAAUAAACUUUAUUGUACAA